CUCCGCAUCAUCGCCUAACAUUUUCCCUCCUGCUCGUGACUUUGCAGAGAACGACGACCAGGCCUGUGCUCGACACAAUCUGAAUCUUCCCAGUACCAGUGGCGCAACUAGUAUAGAAGCUCUUAGUAGAGGUAAUUAUAGCAACCCAGCUGUUAUGAGUCAUGUUCUUGAACGUGAGGGUGG